AUGGAGGCAACCAAGCAGCAGCAGCAGCAGCAGCAGCGCGGCGUCCUGCCCAGGAAUCGGGGCCAAUGGCUUCUGCUCUCCGGGCGCGACCGGCGGCCACUGCAGGCAGAGCGCGCGGCCCACGACGUGUCUGUGCGGGUGUCUGAGAAGAAGACGCCCAUCUGGGAAGAAGAGAAGCCGUGUCAAUUCGGUGUCAGAGGCCAUCCGCCAGAAGUCCCGUCAAGCAACCCAAUUACCCAGAGGGGCGAGGCGGCCCCAACCGAGGGGCCAGAGCCGUCGCGGCUCGGUGGCUAUGGCCUUCUGCCGCUCAGCACGAGGUCAGACGUCAUGAUGCGAGUACUGCUCGUGGCGCUCCUAGCGGGGAUCGCGUCGGCCGGCGGCUGGCAUGGAGGAGGCGGCGGCGGUGGUGGCGGUGGCGGCUGGCACCAGCACGUGCCCAUCAAGCUGCUCGUGAAGCACGUACACAAGCCCAUCCCGGUGCCCAAGCCCGUGCCGGUGCCCCGGCCGUACCCGGUGUACAAGCUGUUCCCCAUCUUCAAGCCGUUCGCCGUGGCGAAGCCCGUGCCGCAGAAAUACGUGGUCCACCAGUACCACAACAUACAUAUUCCUGUUCCUGUACUGAAGUUCGUGCCCCACCGCACGUCCAUUCCCAUACCAAAACCAGUGGCGCUGCCAAUACCGAUCCAUGUGCCCAAGCCAGUGAUCGUUCCAGUGCCGAAGCCCGUGCCGGUUAAGAAGCCGUUCCCGGUACCCGUACACGUCCCUGUUCCCAAGCCGUUCAUGGUGCCCAUCUUCAAGUCCGUACCGGUGCCGGUGCCAAAGCCGAUCCACAAACUCAUUAAAGUCAUCAAGGAGAUCCCUGUCUACAUCAAGAAGCCGGUUCCCAUAUACGUGCACGAGGAGAGCCAUGGCUGGAAGGGCGGCUGGAAGGGCGGUUGGCACUCGUCGGGCGCCCACGAGGGACAGCUGGCAAGCCAGCUGGCUGCGGCCGUGCACUCCGCCCAGCGUGGUCGCGGAGGCCUGAGGUUCCACCACCACCAACACGGCUCGGCCUCCGAGGCGGCACCCAUCAUCGCGGCCGUGCACCACGUGACACACUCCGGAGGAGGUAGAGGAGGAGGCCUGAGCGCAAGUGGCCUUGCCGCCGCACUGCAGCACGCUUCCAGGCAGUCCGCGCUCGACGCGGUGCGCCACGUUUCCUCCGCCUCGUCGGUACUCCAGCACGCGGGAGGCUCCCCUCUCGAAGCCGUCCACCACGUGACGCAUGGAGCGUCGUCGGCCGCGUCGGCGCUCAGUCACCUGCCCGAACAGGUCUACAUGCUCACAUCUCGUUAUCACAAGCACCCUGAAACUGAAACUAGUUUAGAUAGAUAG